GAGAAUCAUCAGAAACGAUAAUAUAUAUUUACACGUUAAUCGGAAAAAAAAAGAGGACGCGAGCGAGUUUUACGCAUUUGUAAACAUACACUCACGCUCACUCACUCUGCACGAGUGUGUUAUUCCUUUUAAAAAUAGAAAGGAACCCCUUCCUUCCUUCCAUUCUUCCUCAUUUCAUUGCUUCUCAGUCCUGCUCUAGGCGCGAACAUUUACAGUUCUUCUUCAUCUUCUUCUUUUAAGAAAUUCUAAAGUGCAAAAUGAAGAUGCAGAAGCAACGCGCGGCUGCUGCAGCUGCAGCACCUACCGCAGGCGCCGACACGGAAAACAAGAUGAAAUGGAUGGACGAUGAGGAGGAAGAGGAGGCAAGACAGGACUGGGAGAGCAUCUCCAGCGAGAGCGAGAAUUGCGGCUCCGAUUGCGAGAUGCGGAUGACGUCGAAGCAACCGAGAGAGAUCUCCGAUGCGGACAGAAUCAGGCAGCAGUUGCUGAGCGGGAACGAGGACUUGCAGCGGAUGGUCAGGCAGGAGAACAUCGCCGCAAUCUUGGGACAUCCCAACGGUCCGACCACCGGACUGCUGAUCGCCGCCCAUCUGGGAAAACCCAAGGUGCUGAAGGAUCUGCUGACAAUUUCGAGGGACAACAUAUCAAUAACCGAUGCAUCCGGAUGGGGUCUGCUGCAUUUGGCGGCGAGCGGCGGCAACGUCGAAUGCGUCAAGAUGCUCCUGGAAGUCGGCCUGAACGUGGACCAGUGGGAUCGUGCGCAGCGGGUCACGCCGUUACAUUGCGCUGCGAGCGGUGGCAACGUGCAGUGCCUCAAGUACCUGGUGAAGUGCGGCGCAGACAUCGACGUGGGCAUCGAACGCAGAAGCGCUCUCAGAUGUGCGGUGGAGAGCAGCGAGGUGUUAUGCGUUAAGGAGCUUCUGGAGCUGGGUGCAAAUCCCAACACGCUGCAGGUGUACUCGGAGACGCCGCUGCAUGUGGCCGCCUCCCUCGGCUCUUCGGCAAUCAUCAAGUUGCUUAUAAAGCACGGCGCCGGCAUCAACGUUCAGUGCGGCCAGGACAGAUCGACGGCCCUGCAUUUAGCAGCCGAAGAUGGAAACGUCGAAUCCGUUCGAAUGCUGCUCGAGGCAGGCGCAAAUGUUGGCGCACUGAACAACAAGAAGCAGACUCCACUGCACAUCGCCUCCCUCUGUCAGGCACCAGAGUGUCUUGAGUUGCUGCUAAGGAGCGGCGCUCAUCCCAAUCAGCGGGAUGUGAACGGUCGUACCGCUUUGCACUGUUCCAUAGUGAAGAUGAGCAGAUCGUGCGAAUGCGUCAAACAUCUGAUAGGUGCUGGCGUCAACGUGAACGAACCGGACGCCUUCGGUUACACCGCUCUCCAUUUGGCCGCCCUCAACGAGUACACCAACUGCAUUCUGCUACUGAUCAACAACGGGGGCGACGUCACGGCUCGCACCAACGGCGGCAUCUCCGUGCUCACUUUCAUCACGAGGCGAACACCGGAGGUUAUCCCCAGGUAUUUCGGCAAGUUCGAUCAGGCCAUCAAGCUGACCGAACACGAAAUCGGUGACGUCGACUGCGAGCUCAAGCUGGACUUUACGAUCCUCGUUCCGACGACCGUGCACGGCGAAACAGGUCUUCUGCUCAACUUCAUCGAGGUCGGACAUCGAGAGAUCUUAAAGCAUCCACUCUGCGAGACGUUUCUCUUCCUCAAGUGGCGACGGAUUCGAAAAUUCUUCCUCAUCAGUCUGUUCUAUCAUGCGCUCUACGUCAGCCUGUACUCUGCCUACACGAUGGGCGUCUUCCUCAAGGACUGCAAACCGAUGCGCUCGACUUUCAGCAACAGCUGUCUGAUGGAGAGCUGGUGCAUCGCCGUCGGCUAUACGUUGCUCGCGCUCAACGUGCUGAUCCUGCUCAAGGAGAUCUUCCAGUUCGCACACUCCUGGCACACGUACAUCAUACAGUGGGAGAACUGGCUCCAAUGGUUGACCACGAUUUCGGUUUUCUGCUGCGUAUCACCGAUUGACGGCAACAUCAAGAUGAUGUACUCCGUUCAGCAUCACGUCGCCGCCGUCGGCAUAUUCUUGGCCUGGCUCGAACUGAUGAUGAUCGUAGGCAGAUUCCCGAUAUUCGGCCUCUACAUCCAAAUGUUCACCACCGUCGCUGUCAACUUCACCAAGUUUCUGCUCGCCUAUCUCUGCCUUCUGGUCGCCUUCGGCCUCAGUUUCGGCGUCCUCUUCGCCGGCUAUCCGAGCUUCAAGAACGUCUUCGUCGGUCUUCUGAAGAUCAUCAUCAUGAUGUCGGGGGAGCUCGAGUUCGAGGACAUGUUCGACGAGUCAGAUAAACCGAUCGCCUAUCCGGUCACGACGCACAUCAUGUUCCUCGCCUUCGUCAUCCUCGUCACGGUCAUCCUGACCAACCUGAUGGUCGGUUUGGCCGUCAGCGAUAUACAGGGACUGCAGCAGAGCGCCGGCCUCGAUCGUCUCGUGAGACAGGCCGAACUCGUUGCCCAUCUCGAAAGCAUGCUCUUUUCGCGUCUACUCAAAUGGGUACCACGCAGCUUUCUCACCCUGCUCUACAAACAGGCUCUACUCCUCAAGUCGCACCGGGACUCGGCCCUCUACAUACGACCGAACGAUCCGCGCGAGGCCAAAAUCCCGCAGGAUCUCAUCAACAGCAUCUACAAUCUGGUCGUAGAGCGGAAGGUGCGCAAGCAAAAGAAACGCGACCUCUACCUGCGAGAGGACUCGACAAAAAAGAAUUCUAUGAACUACAUGUCCGAUUACAAAGAGUGUUGAACGGUGCACGAUCAUAAUUAGGCAACACCCGAUGUACAAACAUUGAU